AUGUCUGCCUCCAAUGUCGGCAACGCACAAACCUACGAAGCUGGUGACCAGAGAAACCCACCAGACUCUGAGAAGCCAGAGAGACAGACAGAUCCAUACAAUGAGGGCAAGAAGCACUCUCACAAAGACAACGACCCCAAGGACGAGCGCUCAAUAGGCAACCGUCUCGCUGCCGCUAAGCCUCAGAACGAUUCUGGAUCUGGCAAGGGUGAUGCAGAAUCCGAGCUCGCCAAGAAAGAUCCCACUGCUCCAGCCCGGUCACACGGCAACGAGCCUUCGAAAGGUGCCAAGAUCGAUGCUGAGCUGCAGGCUGAGGAAGAGGAGAUUAUCCGAAAGAAGGAUGCUGCCAAGAAGCAAGCUGCUGGCAACAAGAACUAG